AUGCGCGAAAUCACCAACACGUACAUGCUGGAUCCCUCAGCUCCCUCCUCAUCUCCGUCCUCAACUCCUCCGUCGCCUUCGAUACCCGCCACACCCCUGUCUUCCUCAUCCUCCAUGUCUGCCCCGGACAAUGACGCGCCCGACUUCAAUUCCGUCAUCAUUGUUGGUGCAGGCAACUUUGGCGCCGGUACCGCCUUGUCAUUGGCUCGGCGCGGUGUUCAAGUGACCCUCCUUGAUACCGCUAUGUUUCCCAGCCCUAGAGCUGCCUCACACGACAUCAACAAGAUUGUUCGUGACGAUUACCCAGAUCUGCUUUACAUGCGGAUGAUGGUCAAGGCUAUGCCCAUGUGGAGAAGCGACGACCUCUACAAGUCCUUCUACCACAAAACUGGCAUGCUUCGCGCCGAUCCGACCAACUUCGCCGAGGGAAGCAUUGAUGCUUAUAAGAAGCUGGGCAUUGAACAUGAGUGUGAGAUGCUUCCAAUUGACGAGGUUCGUCGGCGGUGGAACGGUAUCUUUGCCACUGCCGACUUUGAGGACCUCGACAAGGUUCUCUUCAACCCUAACGUGGGAAUCGCCGAGGCGGACAAGGCGUUGGCAGCCGUUGUGCAAGCGGGCAUCGAUCUGGGUGUCGAAUACGUCGUUGGAGAGAUGGACACUCUUGCUUUCGGCCUCGACGGCCAAUGCAUCGGUGUGACCCUCAAAAGCGGAAGCAUUUUCCUGGCGGACAAGGUUCUAAUGGCCACCGGAGCACGCACCGAACCCCUCCUUGCGCAAAGCGCCCCCAAGAACAAGGAGUUACAUAGCGGCGAUCGCGUCCUGGCGACGGGUGCCGUCAGCUUUUAUGCCAAACUACAUGGGGAGAAGAAGGCGAGAUUUGCAUCGGUGCCUGUGCUCAAGAACUGCCUCAAGAGUGUCAAGGGCGAGGGCAUGUCCAUCCUCAGCGAUGGCACCAUCAAGUUUAACUGCGACAUGUGCUUCACCAAUUUCCAAGAUUUUCCCGCGACGGGCGAGCGAAUGUCGCUACCGCCGAGCGACCCCAAGUACAACACAUGGACUGGGGCCGAGUUUGUCGACUUUUUCAAGCAGCGAGCCCAGAUGACAUACAAGGGUAUCUACGGAGAGGAGAUCAAUGAUGUUGAGAUUGAGUCGUAUCGCAUUUGCUGGGAUGCCUCGACACCGACGCACGACUUCCUCAUCACUGCGCACCCUCACUGCGAUGGCUUGUAUGUGGCUACGGGCGGAUCAUUCCACGGUUGGAAGUUCCUGCCAGUCAUCGGGGAUUAUAUUGCCGACAUGAUGCAAGGCACACUUGACAAGGACUACACAGAGCGCUGGGCGUGGGACAAGGUGGGUGGCGACGGCCACUCGGCCAAUCCGACGUACCUAGUAGCGGGGGAUCUCCAAGACUGGAUCGCGUAA